GGGCACGCAAGAUGGCGGCGGCAGUUGAAGCUUUCAAAUCGAAAAUGAGCGAUGCAGCAGAUUCGCUCUGGCGACCAUUCGUCCCGCGUUUUGGGCUCCGACUUGCAACAAGGAACCCCGCCCACAUGUUCGCAUGGCACUACCUCGGCCUUGCAGCACAAGAAGAAGCAAAAAGCGCGAAUAGCGGUCGCCGUAGUAGCGCAGUCAUCUCUGCACUGAGUCCGCGUACAGGAGCACUGCUCGAGGCAGCGAUCUUGGGCCAGCCCAAUGCACCAGACGAGGGAAUAAUACUACCAGCAUCAGAUGAAAAAAAUGCAGCUAUCUUAGCACAAGCAAAACAGAAUAUUGACGAGGAAAACAAAAAGGACGCUGACGCAGCGGAGAAAACCCUGCGAGACCUCUUGUGCGCAGCCUUACUUCAGCCCAAUGCGGUUACAGUACCGGCGGGGCGAGUGGUGUGGAACGCCGAAGACGAGCUCUGCUUCGUCGCAGAAGUCACUGGUGCAGCUGCUUCAGCAAAAAUAGAAAAUCUGGAUACCGAUGUGAAAACUGCUGGACAAAGCAACGCCCUCGCGGAAGACCCGGACGACAAUACGGGCAUGCGAAUGUUUGGGACAGCCAUUCCGGCGGCAAUACGUACGUGGGAGGUACUACGUUCCAACAAGCCACUGGAUUGGUUUAAUAAAAGACGCAAAAAUUCUGAAGCGCUCGCGAAGGAGACUGCUGUGGAGCCGAAGAGCGACAGUCUUGCGGAUGUGCUUGCCGGUGUUGAUUACAAGGAAAUACAAAAUGCACCAAAGAAGGACAUCCCAGAAACAACGGGGACUCUGUGGGACGACUUGUUUCCCGUAGAGCAACCGCUCUGGGACCCCGCUGGCAUUAUUGCUGCCUCAGAGGAAACCGGAGUAGCUGGCUUGAAAAUGCGAAGAGUAGAUUUUAUCGGCGACUUCACGGAGCUACCUGGAGUAAAAGAAUUGUUAGAUGGAGAUGGUGCAAAGAAUCUGAAUCAGAAUCCGGCCGACGAACUUGCGGCAGAAUUAGCAAAACAUUACAAGGCACAGAUCCUGGACCCAAUGUUGGAGACGUCGCAGGAGAAAAUACGCGUAAAAGCCGUUGAAGAUGAACAGCCUGGUGGUGUGGGAGCUUUAUUCGACAACGCCACGCAGUUUCUUAAAGAUGCAGUGCAAUCGAGCACUUCUGACGCCAAAAGUGCCAUGGAGGCGCGCAUACAACUCGGCAUUCUUCGGUCUGGUGACUUGCUGACGAAGGAUCAAGACGUGGCUUCGUCAGAUGGUGGUGUAAUUGAACUGCUGGUGCAAAAAGCAAUUGAUAACGCAGGCACCAGCGUCGGCGGUUCCACCUCUGCCCCUACCUCGAGGGCAACAUCCCUCGAUACCGAAAGUGAUUCCCCUGUGCCUGCGGUGCAGCGUCAUGUCGAAGACGCAACUUCGGCAAUGUCAUCUUCCGUUCCGGGGAACAAGGCGGAGCGUGACGGUGAAAAAACAAUCGGAAUCGCGUCAUCACCUCCUGACAACCCCGCUGUACGAACUCGAACUCCUACUGCGUCUGGUGUUGACGAAACUCCCGUCCUCGCCGGGAGUGCAGCUGAAGUGUACGACGCCAGCGGCGGUUUGGUGAACCAGAAGCCCCUGCAGAGCGAGGAUGUCGGACACGGUCAUCCCGAUAAACAGCAGAGAGAAACGAGGACUGCAGCAGCUACUGUCAAGAUCAUUUUGGCUGAUCAAAAUACACAACUACAUGGCGAACAACAAACCGAUCAUGACCAGCACUCCACUUCUUCUCCGGCACAACUAUCUGGUGAAAUGAACGGGAACGGCGCUGUAGGUGGUGCCGGUGCAGGUGGCAAGAUGGGCGACAGCUAUGCUUGUGCAUUCCUAACUACGAUGUCUGGGUCGGGAAGAGUGCAGACAUGUGUCAUGCACUUUUUGGACCUGCAGCUGCACCUGCAGGAAGCUCUCGAGUGCACGCGGAGCAUGCCAAGUUCCCCGAAGCUUUUCAGGCUUAGCGUGCAUGAGAAGUGCCAACUUGUGAUGGGCGGCACCAAACGCUCACGCUUUUCCUUUUUGCUGGCUAGACAAGGCGUGCGCCUUCCUCAGCACCACAAGUUGGCAUGUUUCCAGAUCCAGACACAUAAAUAUGUUUGCAAUGCAUAACGAACAAGCUACGUCCACAACUUCGAGAAGCACCCCCGACCCUGCGCUGUCAGGACACGGGGACACAACCGUAAUGGGUGGUGGUGACCACACCAGAUUGAAGGGAGAUGAUGAGACCACGGCGGGAACGACUGGGACGGGCCCGGUUCAACUGGCUGAAGGCGGAAGCACUGUUCGUCACGUGCAGCAUAGUGAAGACGCAGCUUCGGCAGUGUCGUCCGCUAUGGGAAAGAGCAUUGAGGACACUACCGCUGGAAAAUCAACUAGACCAGCAUCAACAUCAUCAAAUUCAGACGACACCGCUGGACGAGGUUCUGCGUCAGCUGUUGAAGAGCAGGCAGCUGGAGAAACUACUAUCGGGGCUUCGUCCCACGGGGAAAAGCCAGAACAAGCCACCGCUGCUGGUGAUCUUCCCGUGCAGCUUGAAGACGUUGAUGGGAAAAGCACGGCGAGCAGCACCACGAGCAGCAACAGCAUCGACACAGCGGGUGAAGAUGAUCCAGCGCAGCAUGGAGCUGAGGAAGAAACGGCUGUUGCUACGACAGAAAUGUGGAGCAAAUUUGGUUUUACAAGAUUUGGAACCCGCAGUGGCCCUACCCCGAGUUCGAAAGAGACGAGCCAAUUUGAUGAAAGGUGGAAACUCUUGCAAACAAAAAUUGCUGCUGCACUCGAGAAAAUGCAGAAAGUCGGGCCAAAAACUUUCAAUCAUCUGUGGAACAAGGCGGGACGCGCUGGCUCUGUUACUGUUACUCAGGCGAAGCGCGACGAAGUAUUCGAGCAAAAAGAUAUAAGCAUUACGUCAAUUGUGCUUGUCGUUGCCGCGACUGCAACAAAGUGGUACGUUCUUAGAGUGUAAGUAUCUAAUCUAGCUGUAGUACACUGGAACCUCUUCCAGGUUACCGUGACGUGCAUAGUUUUCUCCGCGGCCAGCACUACGCGCGCCAGAAAAUCAUGUCAAAUGCAUCUCCUAGUUACUGCUCUUCUGUGCAGUUAAGUACUUCCUGUGUGGCAUUCUGCAAGAACAUGUGCGAUUGCGAAGUGCUCCUACUACAAAAACAUUUCGCGCGGCGACGACAUAGAUGGAUGUACAUUUGACUCUGCUAUCAAAUUUUCCUGUUAUGCGCAAUCUUCAUCCUCCCAGACGAGCAUGUAAAGAAGGAUGCAAUGGACUACUGGAAAGAUCAGAUAGAUUUGGCUGUGGUUCGCGGGCGCGCCGAGCCGGAUAUGAAUGUGUCAACCGUGAUGAGGAUCUUUCCGCACGAAAAGAACAAGAUGCCCGAGGAACGAGUAGUCGAAGGAACGGAAACCGAAACUGACGGCGGCAUCGAGAUAAGCUGGGACGCGCGAAGCGUGUCUUCUGGUAGCUUCGGAACCGUGACGGAGGUGUCCAAUAAUCCACCACGCCCUUUUUUUUUUCCGGAUCAGCAAACGAUGCCCGACCACCAAGUCGUCAAAGUAGUAGAAUGUCCGAAUAAAAAUUCUCCGAAUGCAGAACAGUGUCUGGAUGAACACGUUCCCGAGGUCAUCUUCAACGUAAUCCUCAGCCGUACUGCGCAAGAUUGUGUGGCAAGAAUGUCCCGUCUUGUUGUAAGCUCUGAUCUGAAUAGCGACGGAGAGCUGAAGACGCGCCUUUUCUUUUUUCUUGAAAAGGUAGAAAUGCUCGCCACCACAAGCCCGAAUGCAGGAAUGAUUCCGCCUCCGGCGAGUGAUCUCGGAAAGGAGAGGCUGACCCGGGCAUUAUUCGCGUGUUACGCCGACACUUUUGCAGACCUCGGGCUUGCGCACAACGACGUAAAGCCUAACAAUAUUGGCUACACGGGAGACGAAGCCUGGCAAGCGGAGGCUUGGGUGAGAGUGUUUGACUUCGACAUGAGCAGUUUUAUCGCCGUAAAGGACGCCGGGCCCGGGGCCACCGUAGGGGGCGGAAGCGCCACCCUCAUGACAGCGAGCGUCAUGCUCGGACGUGAUCCAAAUUUGGACCCAGGUGUUGAUUGGCGGUCCAUCAACAGUAAGCAGGUUCAAACCAUCUUCACAAGGCUCAACCCCAAUCAGAAUAUAGAGCAGUCGUGCCCGGCCUGUUUGGAACCAUUCGCGCAGUAUUUCCACCUUCUCCCAGGUCCGCCUCCUAGUGAUUCUGAGGCUAGCCCGAGCCCGCUCCAGCUUGAUUUUCUUCAGCACCCUUCCUGUGUUGGCUCUCCGGGAUUUAAUCACCCGCUUCUGGAGUGGUAUCCCUGGCGAUGGUUCCAACACCAUGCCGCGCCUUACAAAACCAACGACGUCAGCGGGGCUCCCCAAUUCAACGAAGGAACAGAAGCGCGGGCCUGGGUGCCUUACCAGGGGCGACAGGACAAAGGCCCGACAAUUCCAUUCGCCACCUCGUUCGACCUCCAUGGGGUUGCCGUUGUAUUGUUUUGGCUGUUUGACAACCACCACGGCCACGAGCAAACGGAGGGGCGCGCUUUUGUAUAUUACGAGAAUUUCUUCCGCUACGACUGGUUUUUCUGGCCGCCGCUCUGGGAGGAGGUUUUCUUCAAACAAGAACCGCAGGCAGACGAUUGGCGCGGAGCAAAGGGGCACGCCACGAGGGUGGUUGUUUUACCUGGGACGGAAUCGCGCAUAUACCUUCCCUUUCCGAAAGCAAAGUACAAAACCGUACAAGAGGCGAAGGACCAUUUCCAGGAAAGAAAAAAACUACCCCAGUACCUUCUCGAACUGAUUGCGCAUCCGAUUGAACACGCCUACCAACCAAACGAGGUCGCAGAACGGGUCAGGAGUGUGUUGGGGUUUUUCAAAGAGAAGGAAGCCGGGGGCAACGAACAAGUCAGCACGGACGCAAAGGUCAAGGCAUUGCUGCAGGAUCCGGGUGGGUCCACGGCGUCUGUUUCUUCUACUGGUUCGCGCGAUCAAGAUGCCUCGACGUUGUCGCCCGCUUCGUCCUCUUUUUCACGACCUUCCGGCGCUGUCGUUAAAAAUGGUAAUAGAGUAGGUGGCAGUUUCAGUUUGAGUUUGGCGGCUGCAGCAGCUUAUACAUUGCAAACGUCUCGUACUCGUGCACGCACUUACGUAUAAGCUGCAAAAUAUACAAAUUUUAUCGGCGAGAACAAAAGUGGGGUUCGUAAUUCUGAUUCAGUUCGGGAAAGAUGAUAUUUGUAGACUGCAGUUUAUGCGAGUACGAGAAUACUUUUGCAAUGUAUACCGCUACAGAGGUGCUCCAAGUAGGGGGACAGCCGGAGCACCAGACCGGUGCUGAUCCACCGCAGACUGACAAACACGAUGUUGAUGGCGGAACUGCGGAUAGAAGCAGUGAGGACAGGAGCACGAUUGGCAGUCGUUGAAACCAGCGGCAGAAAGAGGAAUCAUCUGCCGCGGGGUUGCUUUGUAACAACAGGAUUUAUGUACUUAUGAAUACGCAGAUGUAAAAAAUGAGUGCGAAAACAUUUUUUUUAUUUUUGGACCAAGUUAUUAUAUAUGUAUCAUAAGAACCAGAACCACAACCAAACAUUGUUUUUACAUUCAAAUCUGCGCACGUUUCAAAUAGAAGACGAAGAGAACAUUGAAGAGUUUUCUAUAUGCAACUGUUGAAAUAGGAAGAUCAAGAUCAGGAAGGUUUCUGUUGAAGAUGAAGUCUAAAUCGAAGUAAAAUCAAGAUGAAAGUUUCUUUGGAGCUGCUGAAUUCUAUCACGUCAGGUACUGGCUAUUGUACGCAGUAGUUACGCAACCUUCUCCACAAAUCUGAUAAACAUCGACCCGGAGUAGAUCUUCUUGCUAGUUAUAUCUACCUGGUGCACCAUCAAAAACAUCUGCGUCUUCUUCUUCUUGCAC